GUCAAGUGUCAGUACGAGCGAUUCGAGUUUGUCUGCUUCUUACUGCCCAUUCCUAUUUUACCAUGCUUUUGUUAUUUCUCUACAUCCUAAUCGCAAAUAUCCCAAGUUUCAGAAUUACAUCGAGUGACGCUCAGCAAACAGUAACAUAUCAAACCCAGGACAAUUCAGGUGCUGCUGGCAAAACGACUGCUCCUUCUCUGCCAUUGAUUAAAAUGACAUCAUCCUCCUCCGAUUCAUCAGCAACAAGUGCGCCGACUUCGAAGGCUGAAAGUGUGGUGCCUCCAGCGACUAAGAGAACUAAGCCGGAUCGGAUGCCCUGGAACAUCACAGAUAUCAUCACAGAGGGAUACGAUGCACGACUCAGACCCAACUUUGGAUCGGGCUCCUCAUUCUUCUCCUCUUCCAAUGAUAACGACAGCAACCCUGUAAUGGUGGAGAUUGACAUCACAGUUGCUAGUGUCGAUCGCAUUUCAGAGGUCAACAUGGACUACACUCUAACCAUCUACUUGAGACAGUACUGGACAGACAGCAGAUUGGCAUAUGCGCAUGUGUUAGACGGAGACCAAGUGUCAGUGCUCCCUGUAGAUGGGAGGAUCACAGACAAACUGUGGCUGCCGGACACAUACUUCACAAACGACAAGGACAGCUACCUGCAGGACAUCACAGUCAAGAACAGGAUGUUGAGGAUCAAACCACACGGACAGAUCAUAUAUGGACUCAGACUGUCCGUGACGGCGUCUUGCGUGUUUGAGCUGAAGAAGUUCCCCCACGACAGACAAAAUUGCUCCCUCAACCUCGAGAGCUAUGGAUACAAUACCAAAGACAUUCGUCUGAAGUGGGCAAAUAAGUGCGUGCGUGGCUUCGGGGACGUAGAGUUGCCCCAGUUCAGAGUGACCGGGUGGAACUGCACCGCCAGCUUCGUCAGCUUCUCAUCAGGUUCAUAUGAUAGACUGUUCCUGCUGUUCUAUCUGGAGAGGAGUGUGGGUUACUUCGUGUUCCAGACAUACAUGCCAUGUAUUAUGGUAGUCUGCAUGAGCUGGGUCUCCUUCUGGAUCAACUACGAGUCCAGUCCCGCCAGAGUAGCUCUGGGAAUCACCACAGUGUUGACAAUGACUACCAUCUUCACCAGUGCCAGAGCAUCACUGCCUCGCUUCUCCUACGUCAAGGCCAUCGACAUCUACCUGCUCACUUGCUUCGUCUUCGUAUUCGCAUCUCUCAUAGAGUACGCCAUAGUGAACUACAACUUCUGGAAGAUCAAACACCGACUCAACAAAACUGUCAAAGGCAACCACAACAACAACAACGCCAGUACAGCUGCUGCAGCUGGCUCACAGAGUAUGCAUAAUGUACCAGCCCAGAUUCAGAGGAGUUCACUCCAGAUGACGACAACGGGGAACCAGCAGAGGCAUUCUGCAGAAAGUUCGGCCAAAAAUCUGCGCAAGGUCCUUAGCUCAGAUGCUCUGACACCGGAUGAAAUGAUAGCACUGCGCUUAUCCACUCCAACAUCAGCCAUAAACUCGAACUCUCCCGAUCUGCCAAGGAAGAUGCUGACUCCCUCACUCUCCGCUAACUCUAUUCCCCCCAGCAGACAACGCAAAAUGGCAUACAGCUGGAACAGCAACGCAUAUACAGUAGGCAAUAACUUACAGGCACCUCCUAGUGCCCCAUCAGUUGUGAAAACAUCAGCUGCGUCGGCCCAGAAUUUCGCCAAAGGAUACGUCCAAUCAUUCCCAUCUCCUCGUGGUGGUGCCCUGCCGAUAGCACACCAAUCAGCUCGGGUGACCGAAACAUCUAUGAUGCAGAAAUAUCACAGCAGCGGUGGCGCCUCGCCGUACUCGGGUCUUCGAGAGACACCAGGAAGUUUUACUCAUCCAGGACCGAUGGUCCAGAAUUCCGCACAGCAGCAGGAGAUCGAUCAAUCAUAUCUGAAAUCAAACGGAUCAGUAGUGAAAAGAAGGAACCAUUCGUCCAAGCAUAAUAACGCCUCCUCGCCCAGUCAGCAACCACCUAAUGUGAAGAGAGUAGUUUACAAACCGGCCUUCAUGGUUCAGAGUGCGUCAGUUGGAAAAAGCGAGUCAUCGUUUUCCUCCCAUCUCUCGCCUUCGAUUAAUCAGCCAAUCACAGACUCGAGUAGUGUUUCCAGUAGUCAUUACCGCCAUCGACACUCCUCCACACACCACUCACAACAGGCCUUCAAUGUCUCCAUGCCAUCAUCAAUUAACCGCCUCACUCUAUCAGAUGGGAACCCUUCAGAACUCCAUUGUCCACCUCACAAGACGAAAAGUCACAAUUCAAAUGGAUUAUACGCCCUCUUACGGGCAUUUUGCACAUUCUGGCUCAGUUUAGAGAUUCCCAGCGGAGAAAGGGUCAUUAUAAUUGACAGAUACUCACGCUGUCUCUUCCCAACCGCUUUCAUUCUUUUUAACGCAGUUUACUGGUGGUACUAUGUUUCCUGAUUACACUAUUAUUCAGACACUUUACUUAGAAAAUUUCAGGGCAAACUUCCAAUUGUAAUUUAAUAAUUUAUUUACU